AAAAAAUCCUGUGGGCUGUAGAAGAGGGGAAAGAAAUCAAGAAUGGCAGUUCGUCUGCGGCUUUUUGCUCCAAGCAGAGUAGCAAAUGAAGUGAUUUGGAGGUUGUGGAGGCAUUUCUCAUCAGAAACAAUUUCUAGACUCAGUACGGAGUCAUUUAACAAGGCCCACAAGAUUGAUAAAGAUGGUGGUGGUGGUGGUGGUUGCCUCAAAACUCGUAUUUUAAAGCUUGUGUACCCACGGCGGAGCGCCACUGCCGUGCUGCAGAAUUGGGUUGAGGAAGGCCGCGGACGGGUCUCAGUCUCUGAGCUCCGUUGCAUAUCCAGGCUACUGCUGAAACGGCAGCGUUUCAAGCACGCCCUGGAGAUAUUCACAUGGAUGGAGGCUAAAGAAAGAUCUCGAAUGUCUGCUGCUGAUCAUGCAAUGAGGUUGGAAUUGACAAUUAAAGUGCACACUGUAGGGGAAGCUGAAGAGUAUUUUGAAAUUUUGCCUGACACUGUUUCUAAGAAAGCCGCUUGUCUCCCUCUGCUUCACUCUUAUGUUAAAGAAAGGUCCACUGAGAAGGCUGAGGCUUUCAUGCAGAAGAUGAACAGCUUGGGGCUAAUUGUAAACCCUCAUCCAUUUAACGAGAUGAUGAAGCUUUACAUAGCAACAUCUCAACAUAAGAAAGUGCUCGCUGUCAUAGUGCAGAUGAAACAAAAUCGAAUACCAAGAAAUGUCCUAUCGUACAACCUUUGGAUGAAUGCGUGUGCAGAGCUGUCGGGUGUUGGAUCAGCUGAGGAUGUUUACAAAGAAAUGAUUCAUGACAAAAAUGUUGUGAUAGGAUGGAGCUCUUUAUCUACUUUGGCAAAUAUUUACCAAAAAUCAGGAGCAGUUAACAAGGCUUUUUGGGCACUGAGAGAGGCAGAAAAUAAACUAUCUAGCCGUAAUCGCCUUGGUUAUCUAUUUUUGUCAACAAUUUAUACCUCUUUGAAUAGGAAGGAUGAAGUUGUGCGGCUUUGGAAAGCUAGCAAAGGGGUAAAGGGCAGAAUCACAUGUGCGAACUACAUGUGCAUCUUGUCAUGUUUGGUGAAGCUUGGUGACAUUAAAGAAGCAGAAAAUAUAUUUCUUGAGUGGGAGUCACAGUGUCGGACAUUUGAUAUUAGGGUGCCAAACAUUCUUCUAGGCGCAUACAUGAGGAAUGGCAUGAUGAAGAAAGCUGAAUCAUUAUUUAUCCGUUCAUUGAACAGAGGUGGAUGUCCAAAUUAUAAAACUUGGGAGAUAUUCACAGAGGGAUGGGUAAGGAGCAAUGAAAUGGAUAAAGCUAUAGAUACAAUGAGAAGAUGCCUUUCUACGUUGGAAGAUUGUGAUUGGAGACCAUCAGCUAGUAUUGUGGUGGCAAUUGCAGAGUACUUUGAGAAGAAGGGAAAGAUUGAAGACGCAAAGCAGUAUCUUGGAGUCAUCAGAAGUUUGGGCCUUGCUAGUUUGCCAGUCUAUAAAUCAUUGCUAAGAAUGCAUGCCUACUCACAAAGACCCACUGAAUACAUCCUUGAACUUAUGCACAAGGAUGGAAUUGAAUUGGACUAUGAGGCUUCUGCACUUGUUCAUGAAUUCAAUAUAUGAGAUUGCAAAAGAUGUGUAGUGGCGGAUUCUUUGAUAAGUCUUGCAGAUACAAAUUUUUGGGCUUCAACUUUCUUCCCUGAAGCUGAAAACAGCUGGAAUGAUCAGCCUGUUGAGUCAAACUUGCUUGUUUUCAACAAAGCCCGUUUCAAAAGAGUUGGAGUUCCCUCUCCUGGCAACUUGGGUGUUUUAGAAUCAAGAAUUUCUAUAAUGAAAGAGUUGCUAUAACAUCAGAAUGUGAUGCUCAAUUUCUUUCUCUGCAUCUAUGACACAAAGUCAGCGAACAGAGGGAUGCAUUUCGUAAUGUUAAUUCUUCUUGGACGUACAACAAGAUAACAGUUGUAAGUUUCCUUGGUUUUCAAGCAAAUGAAAUUUCGUUUUUACACAAAAUGAUUCCAAUGAAGGUACAGACCCACCACGAAAUACAGAAAAUGCUUUGAUGGCUGAAUUGCUUUCUUUUUUUGCAAAUACGCAUAUUCUGAACUCUUUUGUCAUUUCCGUUUUGGAGAUUUGUUGAUAGAAUUGUUUAAAUCUUCUCCUCUGGUGCCAGAAAUGUUGCAGCAAAGUUUCCCCUUCGUUCAUGUUUUUCACUCUUUGUCAUAAGGAUUUCUGGAAGAAUUUUGGUUUCCAUUUAUGUCUCAUCCGUUAAUCCUGGUAUAACUUACCUCCAAAUUCAGGUUUUU